AGACACUCUCGAAGCUUUUUCAUCAUAAAGUGUCAGAAAAUCUUGUGGAACGAAAAUUAGUUCUUUAAUUACGAGACGUCUAUGAUAAAAUUGGAAACAUUUUUUUUUCUUUAUAUCGAUAAAAUACAAUUAAACUGAGAGAGAGAGAAAAGUAAAACGAUAACACAAUUCAAUUAAAAAAGUACUAGAAAUUUUUGUGAUUGAAUCGAAUAGCGAUAUAUUCCAUAUCAACUCCACUUGAAAAGGCCCAAGAAAAUUCUAUCUAUCAAGUGUGUGUACUUUUUGUGUGAAAAAUUAUAUCGAUUGGUCAGCCAACAUGGACAUCAGCAGCUUAGAUUUUGGGCCAACAUAGAAAAAAAAACGCACGUUCAAUGCAAACCAUUUCUGUUGAUCGAUUAAUUUUUUGCGUUCGAUUUUCUUCAAAUGCGACUUCCUAAAGGGAGUGAUAGUGUGAUUGAUAUUUUGACAUCUUGCACAAUGAAACGGCAAAAUGUGAGAACUUUGUCACUCGUUGUGUGCACAUUUACGUAUUUAUUAAUUGGUGCUGCCGUUUUUGAUGCACUCGAAUCGGAAACUGAAAGCAAACGAUGGGCUUUCUUAUCAAAUAUAAAGAAUACAUUUGUUCGAAAGUAUAAUAUAACAGCCGAAGACUAUCGAAUGAUGGAAAUAGUUGUAAUCGAAAAUAAGCCCCAUAAGGCGGGUCCACAGUGGAAAUUUGCGGGUGCAUUUUACUUUGCAACAGUCGUAUUGGCCAUGAUAGGAUACGGUCACUCUACGCCAGUCACAAUUGGUGGGAAGGCGUUCUGCAUGGGCUAUGCAAUGGUUGGAAUUCCAUUGGGUCUCGUUAUGUUCCAGUCUAUUGGUGAGCGUUUGAACAAAUUCGUAUCGGUGUUCAUAAAACGAGUGAAACUCUACAUUCGAUGUAAACAAACGGAGGCAACUGAGACGAAUUUGAUGCUGUUCAACGUGCUACUGUCAUCAGUUAUUAUCACUACGGGCGCCGCCGUAUUUUCCCGAUAUGAAGGCUGGAAUUAUUUCGAUAGUUUUUACUAUUGCUUUGUGACAUUAACCACGAUCGGAUUUGGUGAUUAUGUUGCACUUCAAAAUGACCACGCUUUGACGAGUAAACCUGGCUAUGUGGCCCUGAGUUUGGUAUUCAUUCUGUUCGGUUUGGCCGUAGUCGCUGCCUCCAUCAAUUUGCUCGUCCUACGUUUCAUGACAAUGCAAGCUGAAGAUAAUCGUCGCGAUGAACAAGAAGCACAGUCAUCUGCAUCGAAUAACGUUCUAAUGCCUUACGAUGAUCCUUAUGCAACCGGGAAAUUGCUUGGUGGAAGUCAAUCCAAUUACUAUUCUGAUGUUGAUGACCAGAUAAGCACUUGUUCAUGCACAUGCUCAGGCGGAGCCAGUUGCGCAAACCACGAACUACUUAUCGAUCGAGGAUAUCAUCCGGCCGAAAUUCUCACUGAUAAUUUGAGCAUUAAGCGAGCCUCCGUUUGAAUGCCGUGCCACAUCGAGCACGUGUUAUUCUGUAAAUAUGUAAAAUGUCUCAAUGUGUGUUGAAUAAAAACGUAAAAACAUUUUUUUUUUAUUUCGAAUCUAUUGAUAUUU